AGAUGGUGGAGAGACCAUGGAACACGAAGUGGUUAGCAGCCGUAGCAAGCAUAUGGAUACAAUGCUUCACGGGAGCGAGCUACGCCUUCGGAAUCUACUCAUCAAUCCUCAAGACCUCACAAUCAUACGACCAGUCAACCCUAGACGCCGUCUCCGUCUCCAAAGACAUCGGAGCCAAUGUCGGAAUCCUCUCCGGCCUCCUCUACACCGCCGUCGCCUCCUCCUCCUCCGGCAAUGGCUUCUUCAAAGGGCCUUGGAUCGUCGUCUUUAUCGGACUUCUCCAAUGGUUCUUCGGCUAUUUCUUCAUCUGGGCGUCGGUCGUUGGCUUCAUAGACAGGCCUCCAAUGGCGGCCAUGUGCUUUUUCAUGUUCUUGGCUGGUCAUUCACAACCUUUCUUCAACACCGCCAACGUUGUCACCGCCGUCAGGAAUUUCUCCGAUUACGGCGGAACCGCUGUCGGAAUCAUGAAGGGUUUUCUCGGAUUAAGUGGAGCAAUUCUGGUCCAAAUGUACCACACGCUCUCGGAAGGCAACCCGUCAGCUUUCAUUCUUCAAUUAGCGAUCGUACCAUCGCUCAUCGUCUUACUCGCAAUGCCCUUCGUAAGAGCAUACGACACAACCGACAAAAGCGACAAGACACACUUGGAUUGUCUCUCUCUGAUCUCUCUGAUCAUCGUCGCCUAUCUCAUGUCCAUUAUUCUGCUCGAAAACGUUCUGGGUCUGUCCCGAUCCUUUCAGACAUCCUUCUUCCUUCUUCUUGUCUUCAUGCUUUCCCUUCCCCUUCUAGUCGCCAUUAGAGCCCAGAAACUUAGGUUUUCAUCUUCGCCUUUGGAAUCUCCCGUUCAUGACAGAGCUGCCCUCCUCGACCCUCGUAAACCCGAGAUUUCAUCCGAAGAAGUUCUUGUCGAGAGCGAUGACUUGAAUGUCAUACAAGCAAUGUGCACAAUGAACUUCUGGCUUCUAUUCAUUGCAAUGAUCUGCGGGAUGGGAACUGGACUUGCGACAGUGAACAACAUCAGACAGAUAGGAGAAUCACUUAACUACCCAACAGUUCAACUCAACGCUCUUGUCUCUCUCUGGAGCAUCUGGAACUUUCUUGGUAGGUUUGGCGCUGGUUAUAUCUCCGACAUAUACUUACACAAAUACGCUUGGCCACGACCCGUUUUCAUGGCCAUAACGCUGAGCGUUUUGGCCGUAGGGCACGGCGUCAUGGCCUCGGGUUUACAAGGAAACCUCUACAUGGGUUCCCUCCUGGUGGGCUUGGCCUACGGCUCACAGUGGUCACUCAUGCCAACGAUCACGUCUGAAAUAUUCGGUAUCAAGCAUAUGGGGACUAUAUAUUAUACGAUCUCGAUAGCGAGUCCGGUCGGAUCAUAUAUUUUCUCGGUGAAGGUGAUAGGUUACUUGUACGACAAGGUAGCAGCUUCAGAGGAUGAUCAUACUUGCGUUGGAAGUCAUUGCUUCAGGGCAUCGUUCGUGAUAAUGUCUGCAGUUGCUUUGGUCGGAUCUUUGGUUGAUUGUGUUUUGUUCUUCAGGACAAAGAGGUUUUAUGCAAAGCUUGCUGCCAAGAGGAUCAUCGAUUAGAGCUCUUAGGCCAAUAAUAAAUAAAUGC